AUGAGCGAGGAAGAGGACACGAUGCUGCUGCUGUGCGAGGCGUACCUGCAGCACAACGCGAAGCUGCACGAGGCCCGCCGCGACGUGCACGACGCGUUGGCAGAGGAGGCGUGGCGCAUUGCGGUGCGCACGUGCCACUACCUGACCUCGCAGUGCCUCGACACGCCCUGCGAGGCCGCGUGGAUGACCUUGUACACCAGCGGCCACGACCGCAACUUCCUAAACGUAACGAGCCUAACAAGGUAA